AUGAACUACUUUACACCGGUCCUUCGAUGCGAGGUGGAGGGGAACGCUGAGACUCAGUGGCUGGGAAGUGGUAUGGACGCAAAGAUGGACAUGAGCGACAAUCCGUCCAACGAGGUCACUGGAUUCCGGGUCAGACGGAGCCCAAGGCUUGUUGAUCGCUGCCUCAAUGUCAUGGUCCGGAUUUCCGGAUCUGUACCGGUCUUCUUCGUGAUUCUAGCCGGUCUGUUGACGUGGGCUCUGUUGGGCAUUCGAUUUGGAAACCUGAGCAUCUGGAUUGCUUCCAUCUCUGAUGUUCAGGCUAUUCUCUGUUAUGUCUUUGACUCUUUCAUUAUGCGUCAGCUCCUGCGCCAGUAUUCCGAGCAGCGCGACGCCAUUGUCGAGCUCCGGUCCCGCAGUCACAGUCAUCAACGCAUGCUCGCCAACAUCAAGAGGAAGCUAGGACAGGACGGGAUCCAUCAAGUCGCCGAGAAGUGCAACGUGGAGACUUUCGAGCCAAAGGAUUACAGCUUGCACUCUCAGGGGCCUUUGGCUCGGGGUAUCAUGCACUCCGCCCGGGCCUUUGGGCACGUACUCAGCUCUCUUCUCUUUUGGGUCUGUGUCGUGAUUUGGCUGGGCUUCGGUCCGCAUUGCAGCUGGUCCGACCGGUGGCAACUCUACAUCAACGACGCGACAUCCGCGCUGAUGAUCCUGGUAUUUGCGUUCCUCGCCUGCCUCCGAGAACGCUACGCGGAUUAUAGCAGCACCUCUCUGGAUGCCAUCUUCCGACUCGACUCGACCCUCGAGAUGAAGCUUCGCUGCUUGACCAAGGAUGAUCUACCAAACCCUAUGGUGGCUGACCCCCCACCCAAGGAGAAUAUCUUGCAGGUGGUGAUCUUCUACUACGCGGACAUCGUUGGAACCUUGGUCGGCCUCGUCUUUCUCGUGCUGGUGGUCAUCGCCUGGGCUGCGGUCGGCCCUGUCCUCCACUAUGACAGUAACUGGUGGCUCCUGAUUGGGACGUACGCCGGACUAGUGGGUCUCUUUGACAGCCUCGUUCUUCGCAACGUCCAAAGCAAAGCGAAUCGAUACAUCAAGCGCCAGAUGACGAUGGUUUUGAGUGCAGAUGCCGCUCUGCUUACGGAACUCUCCCUUGCUACCGAUAACCGCGCAGGCAGCAGCGCCCAGCGCCCGUCCCUGAGCCAGAGAGUAUCCCGCCGGAUGGAUGCGGUUACCUCCCAUGUUCUCAUGGUUAUGGCAGGCUUUCUCCUCACCAUUGGCUGUGUGGUCACGUCUAGCGCGAUGAAAUGGAGUCUAACCGGACAGUUGAUCUCGAACGUACCGCCCAGCAUCAUCGAGACCUUCUUCAUGUUGAUCCUCAUCAAUGGUCAGAAUGAUGCCGAAGCCAGCGUCCAUGGAGACCUAGACGACCUGUAUCACCGCCGCCAGCGGCUGCUGUCCUUUACGCAGCAUGCGAAGGAGCUUUUGGAAGUACAUGGGCAGUCUGACAUCGCUACGAUGGCUGCAUCUUGA